GCCAAGUAUAAAUAUCUGUUAAUUAUAAUGAACUCAGCUUCUAGCAAUUAGUUGCUUCAAAAACUUCAAAAUUUGUAUUCUACCCAAAAGAAAGGUAGCCAACACUCGCAUUCCCCAAUUAAGCCAAUUGCCUCCAAAGAAAUCAACUAAUUGCUCCAAAAGUCCUCACCAGUCCCCUACCUCCAAAUCAAACAAUAUGAUGUGGAAUAAUGGACUGAUCGUAUCGUCAGAUAGAUGGAUAAGCAUGGCUCAUUCACUUAAAAUGAAAUUCCCCUUGAAAUUCAACCUUAGAAAUGCUCCCUUGUUCCCUAGACCAUCCAGCAAUCCCUUAUUAAAUCGCUGACUCACAUUGAAAAAUAGCUCAAACAACUCAAAUAGGCCAAAGACCAAGAUUAAAACACCUUUGCUACAAUACUAACCAAAAUAAAACUCUUUUGUCUGGAUAACUCCACAACUUGCUUUGAUUUUUAUAGAUGCACCGAUCUUAUUCUACUCAAAUACAUGAUCUAUCUUUUGAUCCUGGAACUCAAUCAACAAUCCAAUGAGAAAUAAAAAGAAUCAAUGCCAGAUCAGACCCAGCAAUUUCAAAGCAUGGUCAAGGAUAUAGUUACCAUAGUUUAUGAAAUCAUCGAAGAAAUCAAAUCAAAAUAGCACAUCACUUCCCAAAUAGACAACCUUAAUAAUCAAUUAACCAAAAUUUAAAAUUCCUUUAAACCCCAACCUAGUAGUUCUGUCAAAACUAUAAGCAAAUCGUCUCAUCACCAAAGAUUCAAUAGUUGCAAUCUAGAGAAAAAUAACAACUCCUCUGGAUUCUAAAAUAAACUUGCGACUGAAAUCAAUCUCAGCGCUAAUCAAUUCAAAAGCAAUCCUUAAUUAAACCAUGGAUCAACGAAGAUUAUUAAAUAUUAAAUUGAUGAAUUGGAAUAGAAAUCUAAACUUAUCACCUCAUUAAAUGACUAAAUUUUGAAAUUAUAAAAUAAUAAUAAAAAAUAAAUUCUUUCAAUUUCAGAACUAAAUGCUUAAAAUGAAUCCUUCAAAUCUUAAUUACAAUCCAAAAUUGAUGAAGUAUCCUAUUUAUUAUAUCAAUCUAUCAUAGCUAGAACAAUUAAAAAGAUCAUACGACCUUUUAAAAUCAAGUAACCAACUUUGUUUGGAAGAAAAAGAGCAAUAUUUAAACCUAUAUCAUGAUUUUGAAUUAGAAAACACCCAAAUCAAAUAAAAUCUUGAAAAAUAUAAAGUAACCUACGAAUAUCUAUCCAAAAUAGACUGCCCACGAUCAAGUGAAGACGCAAUUUGAUAAAUACUAAAAUGAAACCUAUACCUAUUAUCAAGAACAAUGCAAUCAGCUUCAAUAAACCAAAGACAGAGAGAUAAAGUAAUUGAAAAGUGAAUUAAAUGAAAAAUCAUCGAUCAUAGUAUCCAUCUCCAUAACUCUAUAUUUUAGGCAUAAUUAUUAGGAGAUACAAUGUUUUUUGGAAAAUAAUACAAAAACAUCGUUGAGAGAAUAGUUAAUCUAUCUCAAGAGAAUUUAGGAAACGAGAUAGCCGAAUUAUAGAAAGAGUUAUUUGUUUCUUAGAACACUUUGAAUGCUAAGUUAAACGCCAUAUCUAGUUAUUCUGAUAAUAUUCUGUAAGAUUCUGGCCAAGAUUAUCUAUCAUAGAGUUAAUUAUCCAAUAUGAUGGCAAACAGAACAGUAUCUUCCAAAAGUGGAUAUCAAUAGAGCCUAAAAUAAAGCAGGCCUUAUGAUUUGCUAAAUGGGUAGAAAAAUUAGUUUGAAUUGAUGCAUAUGCUUUUAAUAUAGAGUUAAGUGCUGGAUGAAUUUUUAUCAUGA